AUGGCAGCCCAAAACUUUAUCGUACCUUCAAUUAAAGAAGCACCAUCAGCAGGUGGUUCCAAGAUUGAACUCUACAGUCCAAAAUUCUUUUUAGCCUGUACUGUCGGUGGUGUUCUUGCAUGCGGACCAACACAUUCACUCGUGACUCCUUUGGAUCUCGUCAAGUGUCGUUCUCAAGUGAGACCUGAUAUCUACAAAGGUGUUCUGGAUGGCUGGCGAACCAUCUUUAAAGCAGAAGGUCUGCGAGGUAUCUUCACUGGUUUCGGCCCAACCGCGAUAGGUUAUUCUUUGCAAGGAGCUGGUAAAUACGGUCUUUAUGAGGUUUUCAAGUAUCGUUACGGUAUAUUGGUUGGCGACGAGAAUGCACACAAGUACAGAUCACUUGUCUACGUUACCGCGUCCGCCUCUGCAGAGUUUUUUGCCGACGUGCUCCUUUGUCCUUGGGAAGCAUUAAAAGUCAAGAUGCAGACCUCGGUCCCGCCUUUUGCCAGAACAACCCGAGAGGGAUUUGCAAAGGUCAUGAAGACAGAUGGCUUGGCCGGAUUCUACCGUGGUCUAGGUCCACUCUGGGCUCGUCAGGUGCCUUAUACUAUGGUCAAAUUCGCAUCUUUUGAAACGACAGUCGAAUUGAUAUACAGCACAUUACUUUCAAAGCCAAAAUCAGAGUACAACAAGUUUCAACAGUUGGGUGUUAGUUUUAGUGGUGGUUAUAUUGCUGGUGUAUUCUGUGCAAUCGUUUCCCAUCCGGCCGAUGUGAUGGUGUCUAAGCUAAACAAUCUACCAAAGUCAGAAGCUGGUCAUAAGCAGGCUGGAGUAAUGGAUAUAGCAAAGGAACUUGGUUUCAAGGGAGUCUGGCGUGGUCUUGGAACUCGUAUUGUAAUGAUUGGUACUCUCACUGCCCUCCAAUGGCUUGUUUAUGAUACAUUCAAGGUUUAUGUUGGGCUUCCUACUUCUGGAUCAACAGAUGAAGAGAAAAAAUAG